AUGUCGUCUUCGAAGAUUCUCGUGUUUGGUGGAGGGAGCGUGGGCGCGGUACUUAUCUACCUCCUCUCCAAAGCGAUCGACAUCUCCAAUGUUGUCGUCGUCUGUCGGUCAAACUAUGACUCUGUCGCGCAGAAUGGCUACACCAUCGAUUCCACCGUGUAUGGAACAGGCCUUAAUGUCAAACCAAUUGCAGUGCGAUCAGUGAAGGAGGCAGCCCACGUCUGUCCAAAUGGCUUCGACUACAUUUGCCUCACGACCAAAGCAAUCCACGGGGAUGUAUCUCAGGCCGAGAUGAUCAGACCGGCGGUCUCUUCUCGCACAAUGAUUUGUCUGGCUCAGAAUGGCAUUGGAAUUGAGAAGCCCUACAGGGACAUUUUCCCCGACAACCCGAUCGCGAGUAUCGUGGUGUAUAUGCCUUGUACACAGACAGCCCCCGGCGUGGUUUCUCACACAAACUACGCCAAGUUCAUGCUCGGCACCUAUCCAGCAAACUCUCCCUCGGAGCAUCUGAGCGCUGUUGAUCAAUUGACAGAGAUGCUCAAUCACGGUGGUGCUACCGCUGUCCACGAGAAGGACGUUCAGUUAGCCCGGUGGAUGAAAUUACUCGUCAAUGGCGCCUACAACCCCAUCUGUGCACUAUCCCGACUCCGUGAUGUUCAAUUUCUGGGCUCGUCGACCGGUGCUCACGCGUUUCUACGAAAAGUCAUGAGUGAGAUUGCCAGUAUUGCGCGGGCUGAAGGCUUCAAGGAAGUGGAUGAGAGUGUUGUGGACCGUCAGCUGGGGAUCUCUGCUGGAAGAGGUCCUCCGGGGGUGGAGCCGAGUAUGAUGGCUGAUGCUCUUGCUGGUUCUCAUUUGGAAAUUGAAAGUAUUGUGGGCAAUGCACUUAGAAUCGCACAGAGUCGAGGAGUGGAGUGUCCGAGGCUGGAGACGAUCUACUAUCUGGCCAAGGGACUUGAUAUGAGUUUUGAAAUACCUGAUGCUUUGCAGGGAAAGUAG